AUGGCAGGGUCUAAAGGCACAAUUGGGGAUGCAUCUUUCACUCAUCAGCAAGUCUUUAAGCUGGAUAUGGAUGCUGCCACCAGCACUAAAACGGCAGUGGCUGUGUUAACAUCUCUGUUUUUCUGUUUUGUAAACUGUGUCAUGCUCUUUGCUCUAAAAAGCAAGCGCAUAUUCCAGGAGACGCCGCGCUACAUUCUUUUUGGCCACAUGCUUAUGAAUGACUCUGUGCUUUUGCUGGUCACAACUAUUAUGUACACAUUGGCUCUCUCUUUUCUUCAAAUACCUAAAUCAGUUUGCACUCUGUUAGUCUUUAUAUCAUACUGUACGUUCUUUAACGCUCCUCUCACACUAGCACUGAUGUCUCUGGAGCGGUACGUGGCGAUCUGCUUCCCUCUGAGGUACUGCAACAUCGCCACACCAAAAAGAACUGGAAUCGCCAUAAGAAUCAUCUGCUUCCUUAGUUCUAUCAAUAUUAUAGCUGACAUUAUUCUUGCUUUAAGUGUCAACCCCAAUUAUUUAGCAGAUAUUGCAUUCUGCACACUAGAGAAAUUGUUUAUAGCCAAAUGGCAGAUAGAUAAAUCUCAAGGGUUUGAUGUUCUUUAUUUUGUGUCUGUUGCAGUGAUAAUUAUUUUCAUAUAUAUUAGCAUUAUGAUCACAGCCAGGUCUGUUUCCGCUGAUAAAGAUUCUGCUAAGAAAGCUCUCAAAACGGUGCUCUUGCUCUUGAUUCAGCUGGGACUGUGUCUCACCUCUUUCCUGUAUGCAACAAUAGAGAGAACACUUUACACAGUGAUUGGAAGUGGCUCUUCUCUCUUCAUAAAUCUGAGAUAUUUAAAUUAUCUUACUGUUCUUAUUCUACCGCGCUGUCUGAGUCCUCUGAUCUAUGGUAUGAGAGAUGAAGCCGUGUGGCCUUUAUUUAAAUAUUUUUUCUGCUAUUGUUCAGGCAAAGUAAGGCCCUCUGUUAUCAUACAUUAA